AUGGAUCUUAGAAGUGGAAAACAAACUGGAGAAGAAUCAAGUGAGUCUUUAUCAGAGCAAGAAACGACAAUGGAACCAGGACCAACAACAGGAAGAGGAAGAAAAUCGUCAAUACAGAAUAUGUUAGAAGAUAUGAUGAAAACUAUACAAGAAGAUAGAAAAAGACAAGAAGAAGAUAGAAAAAGACAAGACAAAGAUAGAAAGAGACAAGAGGAGGAUAGAAGAAGACUAGAGGAGACAAUAAAACAAGGAAGAAAAGAAUAUUUACAAAAAUUGGAACAAGGAAGAAAAGAAGAUUUACAAAAAUUUGCACAAGGAAGAAAAGAAGAUUUACAAAAAUUGGAACAAGGAAGAAAAGAAGAUUUACAAAAAUUUGCACAAGGAAGAAAAGAAGAUUUACAAAAAUUGGAACAAGGAAGAAAAGAAGAUUUAAAAAAAUUUGAACAAGGAAGAAAAAAAGGUAUGGAAACUAUGGUAAAAGUAAUUGAACAAAAAGUACAAUCCAUCAAGGAAGAAAUUCGACGGGAAACACAAACAUGGAAACAAGAUUUAAAAGAAGAUAUUGAAAAGACAGAACAGGAGAUAGCAAUGGUAGCGAAUAAAACGAUGGAAAUAGAAGAAACAAUGAAGAAACAGGAAGAUGAAAUGAGAACUAUUGGAGGAAACGUUGCGGAAAAUACUCACAACAUUGAACAAGUGAAACGACAGGUAGAAGAUAGAGUAAGUGGAAACAGAAAUGAUAUGGAAUUGGAAAGAAGAAGAACAAAAGAACAAAUAGAAGAACUCCAGAAAGAAGUUGAAAGAGUAAGAUAA